AUGGGAGCGUAUCUGGAUAAGCCUGUGACAGAAAAGGAGACAGAAAGCGGUCAGGGCAACGGGCUGACGUACGGUGCGACGUGCAUGCAAGGAUGGCGCGUCAAGCAAGAGGACGCUCAUAACUGUAUCAUUGACUUGAACGGUGAAUGGAGCAUGUUCGCCGUCUACGAUGGCCACGGUGGAGAUGAAGUGUCCAGAUACACUGCCUCAAGGUUGCCCGAUUAUUUUAAGGAAAGAGAGUUCUGGGCAAGUGAUGACUUCGUCGCUACUUUGCAACAAAUAUUUAUUGACUUCGAUGACGUUUUACGGUCCGAAGAAGUAAUGAAACAACUGAAGAAGAUGGCAAAGGAAGGGAGUGGUACUUCUGAACGAGGUGACGAUGCCGACAAUAGUUCAGAUGAAUGUGAUAGAAUACAAACAAUUGAAGAGAUUCUUUUUUUGCAGGUGGUGUGUUAUGCAGUCACCAAAAAAUUUAAAUUCGAAAUCUUAGCGAUUGACAAAAGGUUCGUUACUACUUUAUGUCUACUUCGUGAGUUAAGGGACGAUGAAGAAUCUGAAGAUGAUUCCGAUUUCACCGAACCAGACGUAGAAGCUGAAGAUGAGGAGUGCGAUGAUGAAGAUGACAUGGAUGUUCUACAGGAUGUGGAUAUUCCUGGUGGACUGGAAACUCCCGGGGAAGAUUCUGGUACGACGGCUUGUGUAUGCCUCAUGAAUAAACAAAGGAUCAUCGUCGCGAAUGCUGGCGAUUCAAGAGCAGUACUUUGUCGAGGUGGUAUUGCAGUUGAUCUUUCAAUCGAUCACAAGCCGGAGGAUGAUAUUGAGAAGAAGCGUAUUGUAAACGCUGGUGGAUAUGUCAAUGAAGACGGGCGAGUGAACGGAGGUUUGAAUUUGUCGCGUGCUUUUGGCGAUCACAGCUACAAAAAGAAUUUUGACUUGCCAUUGCGAGAUCAAAUGAUCACUGCACUACCAGACGUGAGGGUGGAGACGUUACAACCGAGUGAUGAAUUUCUUGUCUUGGCUUGUGACGGAAUUUGGUGUGUUUGUUAUAUUAUUAAAAUAGCCCUUUGCAUGCUUUGCGAUCAUUGUUUGGCACCGACAACGGCAGGCGAUGGCACUGGUUGCGACAAUAUGACUGUUAUUAUAACGACGAUUACUCACUAA